GCUGCCCAACUUCGCCAUUGGGGUACGUUUACACCUGGGGACAUAGGGCGUCUAUCCCCUGAAGCCCCGACCCCACGAAGUCUUGGUAUCACCUGAGGCGCCACGAUGAAAAGCUUCUUCUUGUGGAUCUACGGCAGCUUUGAGCAGGGGGGAGCUGGGUAAUUCUCGUGUCAGUAGCUAAGCGAACGGCUUCAGCAACGAGGGACAUACCUGCCGAAUACCACCAGCUUUUCACAAUGUGAAGUAUAUAAGUGGCUGAUCUCCUCAGUCCGACAGCUGUAUUGGGGUUGCAGUUCCAUAACCCCCAGACGAAAAUGGCGAGCAAAGUGGUCCGAGGUCGAACGUUGAUGGGCUGCAAUCCAUCCCGCCUUCUACAGCGAUCUGCCGCCCUCACAGACUCAAAAGCUCUGGCAGCAACGCCCUACAUAGGCCGCAAACUCUUCAACACCUCUUCGAAGCUGCAAGCUGAGGCCCUCAGCGAGCAGCAGAAGUCGAUCGUGAAAUCGACGGCACCGAUUUUGCAAGAACAUGGCCUUGCCAUCACGAGCGUCUUCUACAAAAGGCUGCUAAACAAUCAUCCCACCCUCCGCAACAUCUUCAACACUGCGCACCAAGAAACCGGUGCUCAACCGGCUGCCUUGGCACAUGCCGUCUGGGCCUAUGCCAACAACAUCGACAACCUAGGUGCGCUGACAACCGCCGUCUCCAGAAUAGGGAACAAGCACGCCAGCCUGGAUAUCCAGCCGGACCAAUACCCGAUCGUGGGCGAGGAGUUACUCGCGUCGAUCAAAGAGGUGCUUGGCGAGGCUGUGACCGAAGAGAUAAUCGACGCAUGGAAAGCGGCCUACGGCCAGCUCGCAGACAUCUUCAUCAACUUCGAGCGGGAUCUCUACAGACAGGCCGAGAACACUACAGGCGGCUGGAAUGGGUGGCGUACGUUCACGGUCGCAAAGAAGGUGUAUGAGAGUGACGAGAUCGUCUCCUUCUACCUCGAACCCGCCGACAAGGGACCUCUCCCUGGGUUUCAGUCGGGGCAAUAUGUCUCGGUGAGGGUCUUCCUCCCGGAACUCGGAGUCUACCAACCGCGGCAGUACAGCCUGUCGGACAUCCCAGACGGCAAGCAUUUUCGGAUCUCAGUGAAGAAGGAGUCUGCCAGAGGGCCCAUCCCGGCCGGCCGGAUCUCGAACGUGCUGCACGAGGACGUCCCCGAGGGAGCACAGAUCGAUGUCAGCAUGCCGCGUGGGGACUUUUUCCUGGACGUCGACGCGGACACGCCUGUAGUCUUGAUCAGCGCGGGUGUCGGCAUCACGCCCAUGCUGUCCAUGUUGGGGACCGUGAUCGGGCAGAGCGAAACCCGCCCUGUCGGCUUCAUCCACGCCGUCCGGUCGGGCCACGUCCACGCCAUGAAAGACUACCUCUCGCGCGUGGUGGAGAAGAAUCCACAGGUCAAAAAGGCCGUGUUUUAUGAGCAGAUCGGCGAGGCUGACAGGGAAGGGGUCGACUAUGACUUCGAGGGCAGGAUCGAGUUCGACAAGGUCAAAGACAUUGCCCUGCUUCCGAACGCCCAAUACUAUCUGUGCGGGCCCAUCCCAUUCAUGCAGCUGCAGCAACAGACACUGGAGGCUCUGGGCGUUCCGAAGGAAUACAUCCAUUCCGAGGUCUUCGGAUCAGGCGUCGCAUGAGGAGAGAAGGCAUGCAUAGAAUAUAAAAACGGGAGCCCGUAUGAUGGUAAAAGAAAAAAAAAAAACCGGAAAAGAAAGAGAGAUUGAGCGAAUAAUACCACGUCGGUCAGUCUUUCUCCGGAAACCCGGAAUGCCCAUAUCGUCGACUUACCCAGAUCAUUGCACCGAUGGCGGGGGCGAUGCCAAAUACUUGUCUCGAACUUGUCACCUUAAUUCCAUGCCCUGGUGAAGCAUUGGAAACGAUAUACUCCAGAGCAAUUAAGAGUCGUGGCAUCUAGAACGCCUCUCUUGGUUGCUAACCUCUCAGCAUAUUGCAUGUAUCGUAUCUCUGCUUUCGAUGGGUUUGAGAGACUCAGUCGUUUGUCAAAGAUGAGGAAGUGUAUCAUUGUACUACCAUACAGUAG